UCUGGAUUGGUCCUACAGAGCUGCCGUAACAGCCAUGGUGUUCGUGGUUGAAAUUAUUUGUGCUAUUUUACUUGUAUGUUUGUUGUUUGUUAUCCGGUUAUAUGUUGUUGUGAAGACUGGACCAAACUGUCGACAUGGAACCAAAGGUCCGGUUGCUGUUCUCGUUGUUGCGGGAUCAGGUGGUCACACCACUGAGAUCCUGCGGCUGAUGGAGUGCCUGUCUGCAGUUUACACACCUCGACACUAUGUUAUCGCUGACACUGACAUGAUGAGUGAGGAGAAAAUCUCCACCUUUGAAAGCUCUAAACGACACUCGGACUCUGAGCCACAGUUCAACAUAUAUCGGAUACCACGGAGCCGUGAGGUGCAUCAGUCAUGGAGUUUCUCUGUUAUCAGCACCCUGAACGCGCUGCGGUAUUCUAUCCCUCUGGUCUUCAGACUCAGACCUGACGUGGUGCUGUGUAACGGCCCAGGGACCUGUGUCCCGCUGUGUGUGGGAGGACUCCUUCUUGGAAUUCUGGGAAUGAAGAAAGUUCUUAUAGUUUAUGUUGAAAGCAUUUGCCGGGUGCAGACACUGUCGCUCACGGGGAAGAUCCUGUACCCGAUAUCAGACUAUUUCUUUGUGCAGUGGUCCUGUCUGAGGGACAAAUACCCCAAAUCCAUUUUCUUUGGAAGAAUCGUAUGAACACAUCUGUUACACAUAGGCACAAAAUGAACACCAAUGUAGGAUCAAAUAUGUUGUAAUGCUUGUUAUAAUGCUCAUGAAUAAAUGCUCUAUUUUGUAUCAGUGA